AUGUCGGCAUUUUUGAUACCUGACAUGAAACCUCAUAAUACAGACAUGAAUUCAAUGGCUAAUACCGAUGUUGAGUCCUCUUCUAAAACUAUUGAGAACAAGGCCACUUCCAGCUUCACAGUAACUUCUGGUUCUUCUGUUGAGAAGAGCACACCCUAUGAUGUGUGGGGAAGUGGUCCUUUUGUCACACCAUCAAACCCUAUUCCUCUCACAACUAAUGUUUCAACCUCUGCUACCUUGUCUAAUGUUGAUGGAAAAGCCAUCACAAACAUUUCCAACAAGAAACUUUAUAGCUGUGACAUAUGCAACAAGACUUUAACUCGACGUGACCACUUGAAAGUGCACAAACGCAUCCACACUGGAGAACGUCCUUUUAAAUGCCCCACAUGUGGUUUUGCAUUUGCCAGAAACGAUCAUCUUGUGCGCCAUAUACGUAUUCACAGCAACCAGAAACUAUUUACCUGCGAUAUCUGCAAUAAAGCACUAUCUCGUAGGGAUCACCUUAAAGUACAUCAGAGAAUCCACUCUGGUGAGCGACCGUAUCGAUGUCUAACUUGUGGCUAUGCAUUUGCACGCAACGACCACCUGAUACGCCACAUGACCAGCCAUCAACCAGAUAAGAUGUUCAGUUGCGACAUCUGUAGCAAAGCGCUUUCAAGGAAGGACCACCUGAAAAUUCAUAAAAGAAUUCACACUGGUGAGAGACCAUUCAAAUUGCCAGCUAACACCACACAUAUUUAUCAUGCUCUGCAAAUGUUCCCUGCAGCAGGGCUUGGCAUGUCAAACCAGUCGAAUAUGAACCCAAAGAUUACUGACUCCAGCACCCAAGGACAAACAACCCCUUCUCAUACUCAGCCCAGUGACUGA